ACACACAUAUACGCACACAUACACACGUAUACAUAACGAACACCUAUUCAUUCUGAAAGAACAAGAAUAUAUUUACAACAGAAAAAAAAAGAUAAAACGAAACGAAACACGAAGUGAGGAAAAUAGGAAACUCAGAGAGAACGGGAGAGCGAUCGAGCGAGUGAGAGAAAGAAAAAGAAAGAGUGAGAGAGUAAGAACGAUACGUGGUGGUUAAAUACGGGAAUAGGUGUGGUAGAUGAAAUAGUCACGCACUGUAGAGUGGAAAACAAGCUCUACGUACGGAGUAAGGAAGCAUAUCCGCAAGCUUCGAGGAUUAAAAAGAAGGGUAUAGGGAAAGGGAUAUAAAAAGGAACGUAAUCGCAGAGAGAAAAAAAAAGAAAGAAGAUCGCAUAAUCAGUGGUCAUCAUCGGGCGGGGACAAUCUGGUGUUAAAAAUCGUGUGUUUUUUUCUUGUGUUUCGUGCGCCGAAGUCGGAGGCAAAGCGGUCCGAGGGUAGUUUCCUAUCUCUCUCUCUACGCGUUGCCCUGCUACCGAUUAGAGACGCUGAAAGAAAGACUUAAAACAUGGGAUGCAUUGUGGGCCGGAGACUCGGCCCUGACGAUACUGGGUACCCUGGAUCAGGAUUCAUGGCGGCUAUAAGAAAGAAACUGGUGAUCGUGGGUGAUGGUGCCUGUGGUAAAACUUGUCUCCUGAUCGUUUUUAGCAAAGAUCAAUUCCCCGAGGUUUAUGUACCUACCGUAUUUGAAAAUUAUGUCGCGGACAUCGAAGUGGACAGCAAACAGGUCGAACUAGCCCUUUGGGACACGGCUGGUCAGGAGGAUUACGACAGGCUUCGUCCACUGUCUUAUCCGGACACAGACGUUAUUCUGAUGUGUUUCUCCAUCGACAGUCCCGAUUCCUUGGAGAACAUUCCCGAAAAAUGGACACCAGAGGUCAAACAUUUUUGUCCCAAUGUGCCGAUAAUAUUGGUCGGUAACAAAAAAGACCUUCGUAAUGAUCCCGGUACAAUUAAAGAACUUGGAAAAAUGAAACAAGAGCCAGUUAAACCUGAAGAAGGACGUGCAAUGGCCGAAAAAAUUAAUGCCUUCGCAUACCUAGAGUGUUCUGCCAAAAGCAAGGAGGGAGUGCGGGAAGUUUUUGAAACAGCAACCAGAGCUGCGUUGCAGGUGAAGAAGAAGAAGAAGGGAAGGUGUAGGCUUCUUUAAGAAGUAAUCCUGGCUGGGCCAAAUAUGAUAAAGAUAGUAUGGCAUUGCCGAGGAAGCAUUGCGUGUGCUCAUCUUAGGUCUCUUGGCCCCCGUAAAAACCCAUAACAUAAAAUAAUAUCUUACCUUUAAUUAAUUAUUUUACAUAACAAAAAUAGGACAACGUCUAGCGCGCGACCUGCCGUUGUACGACACAAGAAUCCCCGGAAAAAAACAAAGAGAGUAACAGAGAAAGAGGUGACAAAUUCUACUUUGUCAGAUUGGAGAAAAAGAAGACAAAACAGAGAGUGAGAGAGAGAAAUGCAGAGAGAGAGAGAGAGAGAGAGAGAGAGAGAGAGAGAGAGAGAGAGAGACCGCGAACAAGGGAAAAUCGAAAAACUAGGGAUAAAA